UAGGAGUUUUUCAUUAAUUGGAUGGUUUUGUAAAUUUUUAACAGUUGGAACCUUUUGUUUUAUUUUUUUCCAUAUGAGACUCCAGCGAUAUACCGUUUAAUGAAAGAUUGAGAAAGACAGAUUAGAUCAAUGAGGGAUGACGGUCAUGAAUUGCAUCUCUUCUGUGUGAUUGUGAUUUUGUGGGUAUAAUUGUGUAUGAGUUCUGGAGUUGGCUGAGCUCAUAUAUCAUAAAGUAUGAUUAAUUGAACGGGGAUUUUGCUGAUUGCAUUUUGCAGUGAAGAUAGGGAAAUUUAGGUACUCUAAGCAAUAACACAAUUGUAUGGUACAGAAAAGUUUACCAUCAUAUGACAAUCAUUGUCAUCGUGAAAAUUACAAUUGGGUGCUAUGGAAUUGCAAGAAAAAGACCAAUUCUGCGGUUGAUUUAGUGCAUAGGAAUAUUAUACGGUCCAAUUGGAGAGGCAUUUGCACAACUGAUGUAAGGAUUUUGAAGAGUUUUAAGCAAAAAAGGGUUGGCAAUUUAGUGAUUCAUAUGCUUAUAUUAGUUGAUAUUUCUUUGAUACCAUGAUAAGGGAGACUCCUGAUAGGUCAGGCCAUCAUUUCUAUGGAGAUAUGACCAAGGUUUUCUCUGGUAAUGAAGCUGCUGAAGAAAGAGAUGUAAAUGAUAUUUGUUUACAGACAGGUGAGGAAUUUUCUACUGAGUUUUUACGUGAUCGAAUUGCUCUAAGAAGAGUUGCAGAUCAAAACCAGCUACCACAAGGAAUGUCUACCUAUAACGACAAACAGAUGGUUUAUGAGGAUCUUUCCAGCAUUCAUGAGAUUCAUAGAAAAGAUUCUGAAUAUAAUGCCUUAGGUUAUGUUCCCAGGACUGGAUAUGCUGCUAAAGUAGAGAACAGGCUUUAUUCUGAUCGUAUAAGCAGGUGUCAAUGGGAAUAUAGUCCCAGUGGACAACACCCUGGUAAAUAUGUUGGUGAACUGAAUUCUGUUCGAGUUAAUAUGGGCUCGACAACUCCCCAUAAGUAUGUGGUGGAGUCCCCUCUGUCAUAUCAUCCAUAUGGAACCGCAAUUUGGGAAAGUGCUUUCUCUGGAAAAAUGAAAUUUUUGUGCAGCUUUUGUGGCAGGAUAUUACCAAGGCCAAGUGAUGGGAAACUCAGGUAUGUGGGUGGAGAGACACGAAUUAUAUCCAUCAGGAAAAAUGUAACAUGGGAAGAACUUGCGAAGAAGACUUUGGCGAUUUGCAAUCAACCUCACACAAUUAAGUACCAGCUCCCUGGUGAGGAUCUUGAUGCUCUUAUUUCUGUUUGUUCCAAUGAAGAUCUACAUCAUAUGAUAGAAGAAUAUCAAGAGAUAGAAAGGAAUGGGGGCUCACAAAGACUGCGGAUAUUUCUCAUUUCUUCUACUGAACCUGAUACCCCAAAUUCAUUUGAGGGAAUGACUCCACAACAGAGUGAAUGUGACUGUCAAUAUGUUUUUGCUGUUAAUGGCAUGCCAGAUCUGAGUUCUCAAAGGAGCUCUAGUGGACAAAAUUUGGCAAGCCUACCAAUGCAAAUGGGAAAUAUUUCAGAUCAUGGUCCAACUUUUCAUCUCGACUCUCCUACUCCCAUUUUUGCAUUAGAUAAUGAUUGCAGUCCAAAUAUUUCCAAUGUGAUGGGAACACUUCCAAAUCCUGCUGUUCAGUUUGUCACUAAACUCCAGAUUUCAGGCAAGUCAUUCAAUCAAUCUCCUCCUUUAUCUCCAGGUCCAAUUCGGCACAAAGAUCAGAAGAAUUCUAGCAUACAAUUUUAUAUUGAUCCAUCAUGUACUGAGAGUAAUGAGAGCACUAAUAAUUUUGCCUUGGACAAAAUUCCAUUUGACAAUUCCUAUCAUCCCCAGGCUUCUAUGUAUUAUAAUAAAAUUUCCCAAAGGCCAUUAACAUUAAUGAAUUACCAUCAGCAUCACCAAUAUUUGACAGAAAUUAACAAGCCAUCUGAAAUGCAUUUUCACAAUCGUAGCCCAAGUGGAGAUUUUAUAUCACAUCCACUACAUCUUCAAAGUGAUAUAAAUUCAGGGAAACGCAGGCUUAAGGAAAGGGCACUUUCUGACUCACGAUUGCAGGAACAUGAUGAGGGGUCAAAAUACUAUGAAGAAGUAGUUAACACUCUGUUCAUGUGGAAUUAUGGAAGGGAAAAAUCACCUUCUCUUGCAAUGUCAAGUUCCUCACAAGAGCCAAUCAUGUGGGAAGGUUUAACGGGUGAGAAACACCAGAAUGAGUGCAGCUUUGACACUAUGAAGAAUACUUACAUGGACCAAGUGUUGUUGAAGAGGGUGGACGGGACAACAAACUGCUCUGCUGAAAGCAGGCAAUGUGUAGGAAACAUAUCCAGUGAUAAUUCCAUGGAGUACAAAGGCUUACAAAACUCGGACAACCUUCCAAGCAUUCAUCACCGGGAACAAGACUCACAAGUAUCUGGAAGAAUGGUUUGUACCACUGGAGUUAAUGCUUUUGAGAAUUCUGUGGAUAACAUGAGGGAGCAUCCCCUGAGUUGCCAAUCAGGCAAAGCUAGACCUGCACCUGACAUAUUUUUCAUGAACCAAAAUGCCGCCAUCGAUCAGCAGUGUACGAUAGCAGAAAGUUGUCAACACAAUCCUGAUGUGUAUCCUGGAUAUCAUCACCCUCCAUCUGAAGGAGUCCAGAGCUCUAAAGUAGCCAAGACUGCUGCUUCAAGUAAAUUGUUCUCUUUCUAUGAUGAAGAACCUUUGAGUUAUCCUGACUACAAGGUUGAAAGCGUAAGCUUUAAUGGAAAACCAUACAAGGAAUCAAAGAUUAUAGAUGGUCCAGAGCAGUUAGAUUAUCAUAAUGAGAAUAAGAUGCUGGAAUCGAUUGUAAUUGUUGAAGAUGUUACUGGCACCACACCUCCAGAUAUCCCCUUUUCUUCAAGAGUCUUCCCACAUGUAGAAGAAGAGGUGACUGAUGAAUUCCCAUCUCACAGGGAUACAGAGACAGAAAGCACAGCCCAAGGAUCUGAAUCUGAGGCUGACGGCAGAGAUACUGAUGAAUCUUUUAGUGAUGCUGCUAUGGCUGAAAUAGAAGCAGGCAUCUACGGUUUGCAGAUUAUAAGGAAUGCUGAUAUAGAAGAAUUGCAAGACCUAGGAUCUGGUACAUUUGGAACUGUUUAUUAUGGGAAGUGGAGAGGUACUGAUGUUGCUAUUAAGAGGAUCAAAAAGAGUUGUUUUGCUGGCAGAUCAUCAGAGCAAGAGCGGCUGACUAAAGAUUUCUGGAGAGAGGCACGGAUCCUAUCAAAUCUUCACCAUCCAAAUGUAGUGGCAUUUUAUGGUGUAGUCCCUGAUGGGCCUGGAGGAACAAGGGCAACUGUAACCGAGUAUAUGGUUAAUGGAUCCUUGAGGCAUGUCUUGCAAAAAAAGGACAAAACACUUGAUCGUCGUAAAAAGCUUAUAAUUGCCAUGGAUGCAGCUUUUGGCAUGGAAUAUCUACAUUUGAAAGAUAUUGUUCAUUUUGAUUUGAAAUGUGACAAUUUGCUUGUGAAUUUGAGGGAUUCACAACGGCCCAUAUGCAAGGUUGGAGAUUUUGGAUUGUCAAGAAUUAAACGCAAUACACUAGUAUCUGGUGGGGUUCGUGGAACUCUUCCAUGGAUGGCACCAGAAUUACUUGAUGGCAGCAGCAAUCGAGUCUCUGAGAAGGUGGAUGUCUACUCAUUUGGUAUUGCAAUGUGGGAGAUCUUGACUGGUGAGGAACCAUAUGCCAACAUGCACUGUGGCGCUAUCAUAGGUGGAAUUGUAAGCAACACACUUAGGCCUGCAAUACCAGAAUACUGUGAUCCAAAGUGGAGAAAGUUGAUGGAAGAAUGCUGGUCUUUCAACCCAGCAGCCAGGCCAUCAUUUAGAGAGAUAACAAACAGGCUGCGAGUUAUGUCAGUGGCACUACAACCCAAGCGACGUAAUAGAUGAAACCUAAAUAUCAUAUGUAAUUAUAUUUAAAAAAAAAAAAAACACUCUCCUGUACAUGUAAAGGUUCAGUAGGAACAUGUUUGUAAAGCUAUAGCUAACAUUAUUGAGCAGCUUUAAUGCAAGACCAUGGCCAUAGAGGCAAAAACCUUGAAUGUGUGUAUAUCAAAAACA